AUUUUACACUGCGGCCUAACUGUAAAGGUCGUUUCUUAUUUAAGCCUCUUACUUUCUUUACAACACAACAAAACACAUCACUCUCAGUCAUAUCGCAAGCAUGGCUGAACGUUAUAUCCCAGAGCAUCGUCGAACUCAGUUCAAGGCAAAGAACACCUUCAAGCCUGAAGAAUUAAGACGUCGUCGCGAAGAACAACAAGUUGAGAUUAGAAAAGUCAAGCGUGAUGAGAAUCUUGCAAAAAGAAGAGGUAUUACAGCAGGAGAUGGAUCUUCACGACCUGGUGCCUCUUUGGGUGCUGAGCCUGAUAGUGAUGAUGAUCAACCUCCCACAGAAAGUCAAUUGAACGAUGACCUUCCUUUAAUGGUACAAGGCGUAUUCUCAGAACAAAUCGAUGCACAAAUUCAAGCAACAACCAAAUUCAGAAAGUUACUUUCAAAGGAGAGAAACCCUCCUAUUGAAGAAGUUAUUAAGACUGGUGUCGUUUCACGAUUUGUCGAAUUCCUUCGUUCUCCUCAUACACUUGUACAAUUCGAGGCAGCAUGGGCUCUUACAAAUAUUGCAUCUGGUUCUGCUCAACAAACCCAAGUUGUCAUUGAAGCUGGUGCCGUUCCAAUUUUCGUCGAAUUACUCGGAAGUCACGAACCAGAUGUUAGAGAACAAGCUGUUUGGGCUUUGGGAAAUAUUGCUGGUGAUAGCCCAUCAUGCAGAGAUUAUGUUUUGGGUUGCGGUGCUCUUAAGCCUCUCCUCGCCCUCUUGGGUGACAGCAGAAAAUUGAGUAUGCUCCGUAAUGCUACCUGGACUCUUAGCAACUUCUGCCGCGGAAAGACACCACAACCUGACUGGACCACCAUCUUACCCGCUCUGCCAGUUUUGGCUAAACUUGUUUAUUCUUUGGAUGAUGAGGUUUUGAUUGAUGCUUGUUGGGCAAUUUCAUACCUUUCCGAUGGCGCCAAUGAUAAGAUCCAAGCUGUCAUCGAAGCCGGUAUCCCUCGUCGUCUCGUGGAAUUGUUGAUGCACGCCUCUACCUCUGUUCAAACUCCUGCCCUUCGUUCUGUUGGAAACAUCGUCACUGGUGAUGAUGUUCAAACCCAAGUUAUCAUCAACUGCGGUGCUCUCCCAGCCUUGUUGUCUCUCUUGAGCUCAGGAAAGGACGGUAUUAGAAAGGAAGCCUGCUGGACCAUCUCCAACGUCACUGCCGGUAACUCCACCCAGAUUCAAGCAGUUAUCGAUGCCAACAUUAUCCCACCUCUCAUCCACCUCUUGUCCAACGGUGACCUCAAGACUCGCAAAGAAGCUUGUUGGGCAAUCUCCAAUGCUACCUCCGGUGGUCUUCAAAAACCAGAACAAAUUCGUUACUUGGUUAACCAAGGUUGUAUCAAACCACUUUGCGAUCUUUUGGCCUGCCCAGAUAACAAGAUUAUUCAAGUCGCUCUCGAUGGUCUUGAGAAUAUCUUGAAGGUUGGUGAGAUGGAUAAGGAUGCUGCCGGAGAAGGAACUGAAAGCAUUAACCGAUACGCUUUGUUCAUCGAGGAAUGCCAUGGUAUGGAGAAGAUUCACGACUGCCAAACCAACGCAAACGAAGAGAUCUACAUGAAGGCAUACAACAUGAUUGAGAAGUACUUCUCUGAUGAGGAAGAGGGUGCUGAUGAUGGUCAACCACAAAUUGCUGGUAAUACCUUCGGUUUCGGUACUAAUGGAGAACAAUCUGGUAACUUCAACUUCGCCAAUGGUGGGGAUUCGAUGGAUAUGUAA